GAUUGGAGCAACUUGGCUCUGACCUGUCGAGUGCAGAGGAAUGAAAGUUUUCAUAAAAUAAUUAAAUCAGUAAUAUUUAAUAAAUGGAAAUUAAAUUAAUAUUUUAUUAUUUAGAAAAUCUUUCCGAGAUAAAAUUAAUAUUUGGAGCGUAAAAUAAAAAAAGAUCAGCUCAGCACCACUAUUCCGCAUUCAAAAUUUAAGCUAGCAAAAUGGCGUCGGCCGCUGAUGCCGAACCUUGGUAUGUUUCCCUUUUAGGUUUGGCAGAAACAUUCCGGACGUCGAACCCUCCUAAUAUUCGGUUAUGUAUUCAUUGUCUACAAUCUAUUUUCAAUUUCAAACCACCUCCUCGGAUUGAGUCAAGGACACAUCUACAACUGGGUAACAUAUUACUGGCCCAUACAAAAAACAUAGAUCUCGCUCAGACGCAUUUGGAAAAGGCGUGGACUCUAUCGUGUAGCAUGGCUGCUGCAGAUGAUGUACGGUUUGAAGCAGCUAGUGUUUUGGCACAGAUUUAUGAAAAGCAGGAGCAAGUAGACCGUGCUAAACCUAUUUUGAAAAAGGCAAUUGAGGUGUCACAGCAAGCUCCCUAUUGGCAUUGUCGACUACUUUUCCAUCUUGCACAAAUCCAUGCCUCUGAACGAGACUAUGUGUCUGCAUGCCAGUUAUUGGGUGUUGGUUCCGAUUUUGCUUUGUCAGCCAAGUCUGAUUACCUACGCCUAUUGUUUCUACUCAGUAAAGGAAUGUUACUAUUAGUUGAUAAAAAGAUGCCUGAGGUGAAGGAGGUUCUUUCAAUGGCCGGUGCUUUAAUUGAACGUUAUCAAGGAUCACCAACUCAAAAAGAAUCUCUUAAUGUAUUUUUCUUAGUUCUUCAAGUUUGUCACUAUUUAAUGGCUGGGCAGGUAAAAAGUGUAAAACCAUGUUUAAAACAGUUACAACAGAGUAUACAAACAGUUACCCAGUUACAUUCAGAUGAUGAACCACUUUCUAGCAACCAGAUAGACCAGUUCCAAUGGUUACCCAAAGAACAUAUGUGUGUCUUAGUUUAUCUUGUUACAGUGAUGCAUUCCAUGCAGGCGGGCUACAUGGACAAAGCACAAAAAUAUACUGACAAAGCUCUCAUGCAGAUUGAAAAAUUAAAAAUGCUGGACGCCCAUCCACUCUUAUCAUCAUUCCAACUGAUGCUGCUUGAACACAUCGUCAUGUGUCGUCUAAUAAUGGGCAGUAAGUCUGCUGCCAUCCAAGAAAUCUUCCAGGCUUGUAAUGUCUGCCAACAACAACCCAGGUUAUUUUCAACUCAUGGAGCUCAAAUACACACACUAUUAGGCCUUUAUGCUAUGUCUAUGAACUGUAUGGAGGCAGCAGAGUCACAGUUUAAUACAGCUUUUAAACUUUCUACCGAUGUAGAUUUAAGAACAUUUGUAAAACUGAACCUUGCUAUUGUAUAUUUACGAACAAAUAGACAAACAGAUUUAAUAAGUCUUCUGGAAACAGUAGUUUCACCCCAGAAGGUUUCUCCUUCCACAGAUAGAAGGUUGUCAACAGACAGUGAAGUAAUGAGCCGAAUCGGCUCGCACAGUUUACGGGCUUCUGCAUUUUAUGUUCGUGGAUUGCAGGCAUUCUUUCAGGCAGGCUAUAAUGAAGCCAAACGCUACCUACGCGAGACGCUGAAAAUGGCCAAUGCUGAAGACUUAAAUCGUUUAACAUCAUGUUCACUGGUUUUAUUAGGGCAUAUAUUUUUAUCAUUAGGAAAUAGCAGGGAAGCCAUGAACAUGGUAACUCCAGCCAUGCAGUUGGCUGGUAAAAUCCCGGAUGUACAUGUUCAGCUCUGGGCCUCUUCAUUACUCAAAGACCUAUAUCGUUUGUGUGGGGACCAGGUAAAAGAGGCCGAAGGUUACAGGAUGCACACCAGCUUUUCUCAAGAUCUCCUUAAAGAUCAUUUUCAGUCAUCACAGUUAUCUGAACAUGGCUUAAUACAAUGGACCGAUGGUCCGUGUCCUUUCCACCUGUCAUCAGAGGUGUCCAGUAGCAUUUUGUGAGAAGAUGCAGGUGAACCUUCCCUCCCAUCUGUUGUUUUAACCAACUGGCUGUGCAGCUGAUCAAAUGAAUACCUAACUGACCUGCAUUGCUGCAUGUUAUGAUGCAGUGGUGUGCAGGUUUAAAAAAGAAAUAAUAGGGGUGAUGGAGAUAUUUAAUGGUCCUGGAGUGAAAACAGAGAAGAGACAAAGAAAAGCAGAAAAGAAGAGGGUGGGGAGGGAGGGGGUGACUACAAAAUAAGUAAAAGUUUCUACUUUAUCUCUCUCUUCUAUCUUCCUUCCUUCCUCCUACUUCCUGCCUCCUUUUCCUGCUCUCUGCCUGUCUUCUCUCCUGUGUACACCACCACCACCACCAUCAUAUCAUCAUCUUCAUCAUCAUCAUCUGUUACACUCCAUUACUAUUACCAACAUUUGUUUUACAUAUGCAUGUACUUAUGUAUGUGAAUAUGUUACAUUUUUUUUUCACUACAUGGUUUUGGGCUUGGUUCCACUGCACGGCACCUUGGGCAAGUGUUUUUGUAUUAUAUCCCCAGGCAGAUCAAAGCCUUACAGAUGGAUUUGAUAGACAGAGGCUGAAGGAAGCCCUAUAUGUAUGCGUAUGCAUGUGUGUGUGCAUGUGCACAUGUAUAUAAUGUGUGUGUAUGUGUUAUAUAUGUAUGUAUAUAUGUGCGUAUAUA